AUGAGUCUUCCGCCUCCUGGCAUCAACCAAGCAUUCUGCGACGUAUCCGCGCUUGAAGCUGGCUAUGUCACGGCACCUCUCGCAUGCUUCCUGACCGAUGUGGGCGACGACGAGUUCUUCACCGUACCCACCCUCUCCUUCCUCGUCCGUCAUCACGCCAACGACGACACCGUCAUAUUUGACCUAGGCCUCCGCAAAGAGUGGAAGAAAUUGCCGCCUGGACUCGUGAGCUACUUCACUGAACAGCUCCACUUCCAGCUCAAUAUCAAGCAAGAUGUCGUCGACUCGCUCGCCCAAGGCGGCACGAAGCCCUCCGACAUCAAGCGCGUCUUCAUCUCUCACCUACACUUCGAUCACUUCGGUGAUGCCGCACUCUUCCCGACUUCGCAAUUUUUUGUGGGCGAGGGCGGACGUGCUCUGGUCGCCGAUGGGUAUCCCAAGAACCCUAGCUCAUUCCUCCCUAUAGACCUGCUCAACGCGCUCCCGAAGGAGCGCACGAGGUUCCUGGACGUCGCGAGCGCGCCUGCGCUCGGGCCGUUCCCGCACGCCCUCGACUUCUACGGAGACGGCAGCCUGUACAUCGUCGACGCGCCGGGGCACCUCCCGGGCCACAUCAACGUGCUGGCGCGUACGUCCGCGGACGGGGGGUGGAUCUACCUCGCUGCGGACAGCGUGCACGACUGGCGGAUCAUGACCGGGGAGGGGAAGAUUUCGACGGAGCCGUUCUGCAUCCACGCCAAUAAGGCGCAGGCGGAGGUGACCAUAGAGCGGAUCAGGGAGGUGAACAAGAUCCCGAGAGUGAGGGUGUUGUUAGCGCACGAUCGGCCGUGGUAUGAUCUGAACAAGGGCGGGGAUGCUUACUGGCCUGGAGAGAUCAAGUCGCUGUAGCUGGCUGGAGUGUUGGACUUUCUCGAAGGCCGCGCAUAUGUAGCCUAUAGCAGAGUUUUGGAUAGCCAACUUGACUGGAAUGG